GUCAUUGUAAGAUAAUCAUGCUCUUUCGCUGAUUUUUCCUUUGAAAAAUGUAUCACCGUCUUUGCAGGGAGCCGACAAUACAAGAACUAUUCGCUCCACGCAUCAGAGAGCGCGACUCAAUAUCACCUGAUCAAGCACUCAUACACAUGAUUAAGGUGAUGAUGGGUACAGGAAUGUUAUCAUUGCCAUUAGCUUUCAAACACUCUGGACUUUGGCUUGGCUUAGUCCUUUUGGCUGGGAUCUGUUUGAUAUGCAUAUUUUGCACUCGGCAAUUGGUCUUCGCUCAACACUACAUUGGUUUUAUAAAGCUCCAACCGCGGUUAGAUUAUGCGAAUGUUAUGAGAUCAGCUGUAGAGCUAGGUCCACCAUGGAUCAGAGAUCAUGGAUAUUUCUGGAAGCAAGUGGUUAAUGUAAAUAUGUUUUUGGCACAAUUUGGAUUCUGUUGCGUGUAUUUCGUUUUUAUGGCUGACAACCUCAAGCAGUUUUUCGACCAAACAUCAAAUAUCCACAUUUCUCAAGCAGGAUGGAUUGCUCUGCUGCUUGUUCCACUCAUGGCAUUGUGCACGAUUCGCGAGCUGAAGGCCUUAGCUCCAUUAGCGGCGAUAGCCAAUGUGGUUUAUCUAAUUGCUGUGUGCAUCGUUCUUGAACAAUUGUUCCAAAUUGAAUGUCCAAGCUGGUCUUUACCGGCAGCUGCUGAUUGGUCUACACUUCCACUGUUUUUCGGCACUGUCAUGUUCGCAUUUGAAGGAGUAGCAGUGGUCCUUCCAAUAGAAAAUCAAAUGGAUGAGCCGCUUCAUUUCAUCACUAAUAAUGGAGUAUUGAACACUUCAUGUUUCCUCGUACUGAUACUGUACAUGACAGUAGGAUUUUUUGGAUACUUACGAUUUGGAAACGAUAUCAUGGACACAUUAACUUUGAAUUUGCCACAAACGAAUUUCUACCAGGUAAUAAAGUUGAUGUUCGUGGCUUGCAUUCUCGUCUCUUAUCCUCUGCAAUUUUACGUGCCACUGCAACGAAUUGAGAAGUGGAUAAAGCGCAAGGUAGCUGUAGAACGUCAGGAAAAACUCAUUUAUGGUGCGCGAAUGGCUGGUGUGAUCUGCACUUGCCUUGUUGCUGAGCUCAUUCCACACUUGGCGCUAUUCAUUUCCUUAGUCGGAUCCGUAGCAGGCACUUCACUAACGCUAGUGUUCCCUCCAAUGAUAGAACUGCUGUGUUAUUACUCAAAAGACUCUCUGACACCAUGGAUUUGGAUUCGGAACAUUUCCUUGAUGCUAUUUGCCGUAUUCGGAUUUGCUACUGGCACUUACGCUAGUGUAGUGCAGAUUGUUGAAGCAUUCGGUAAACCUGACGUCUGAAUCCAACUCAGGAAAAAAGCGAUACUUGCUGCUGUGCAAAAUGUGCAUACUGAAUACUUACAGUUGUGUAAUCUCUGUCUCUGUGUGAUAGCCUAGUCGUUGACAUAGAAAUUGUUAUGUUGUCUGUUUU